UACAAAAUCAUAUUGCAAUUGAAGUACGCCAAGUAAAGGUUUUCAUUCCACUGUGGCAAGUACAGUGGACCACCUGAGUGAUAGUUAAUAGCUAGGACAUGUUAAAAAUCACUCGCCUUGUGCGUAAUUGUCCAGUUAGGCAUGUUAACAUGUGUGCAUGGCGAUGCAAAACAUGCAAGUUGCAUGCCACAGGGCGGCAACCAACAGCCAAAAGCCUGCCACUUUGCCAGAACUAAACACAGUAGCGUGAUGGCCACAGGGAAGAAGCAACAUGCACUUUUCCACAAGCGUGCUCGUCGUUGUCUUCGGCAUCAGCCUCGCCCUCGCCCUGGAGUUCAGUGAGUUGCCGCAGCAGCAGGAGUUGCUGUUGCAGCGGCAACAACGCCAACAACUGCUGCAACUGUUUCUGAGAAUACGCUCAGAGCGGCAUUAUGAUACGAUAUUGCUCUACGGACGCGCACCGUGUGUGUUCCACACGGUGUUGCCACUGUUGCAGCUGCCCACAGUGCUGCUCUCGCGCGGCAGCAGCCACAGAGACUGGGAAUUCAGCACCGAACUGUUGCUGCUCUGCUGUGGCGCCAAUGCCGAACAGGAGCAAAACUCACGAACCUCGUGGAAGCUGCAAUCGGCAAGACGUUUGAUCUAUGUGGAGACGCGGCUGCAGCCACAAAGACUCUGCGAGGAUUACUUCGAGAGGGAGCUGUAUAAUGUGGCACUGUUGGAUGCAGAGUUUGCCACCUCAGGCAGCUUUUACAGUUGCCGCAGCUUCCAGAAGCCGAGCUACGCACAGUUGCAGAUUUUGGAUUCACUUCCAAUUUACGUGGAACAAUUUCGGGAUAUGCAAGGCGCAAUUUUACGCAGCGAGGCAGAUCAGUUGGCGCCACGUUCGAUGCUUUAUCGUGAUGCGAAAAGCGGCAAGAUACGCAUGAUUGGCUAUGUGGCAAAUGUGGUCAACACAUUCGUGGAGCGUGUGAAUGCCACGCUGCAGCUGCGCGACGAUUACGAGUUUGGCAAGAUCACCUACUACGGCGACAUUGAGAAGUUGACGCAACAGAAUCUACUCGACGUGGCUGCAACAUUGGGCAGCACCAUGACCGCCGACAAUUGGGAAUACAUCAGUUAUCCCUAUAUCAUCACCUCAUAUUGUGUCAUGGUGCCAGUCCCUGCAGCGUUGCCCUACAAAUCGAUCUAUACCGUUGUGGUUGAACCGCUGGUGUUGGGAAUUCUGGUGCUGCUCUUCUUCAUCUUCUCGCUGCUGCUCAUUUAUAGUCAACGCUUGACGUGGUGUGACUUCAGCUUGGCCAGCGUGCUCCUCAACGAUCGCAGUUUGCGUGGCUUGUUGGGUCAAUCGUUUCCCUGGCCAGAGCAUGCAACGCGUCAUGUGAAGGCCAUCUGCUGCCUGAUGUGCUUCUCCAGCAUCAUGACCACCACCAUGUAUCAGGCUUAUCUGCAGUCCCUGUUCACGCAUCCUCCGCCGGAAGCGUCCAUACGCAGCCUCCAAGAGGUGCCUUACUCCCGCUAUAAAGUGGCCAUGGAUCGACGCGAGGCAACGAAUCUGCUGAAGAGUCGCAAUCUGACCCUUGAUGAUACCAAAAGCGGUUACAUUCUCGACGAUUGGAAUGAGUUUGUCCACAUGCGCGACACUUUCAAUGCCAGCUUCAUUUAUCCCGUCACCGAAUUGCGCUGGAAAACUUAUGCCGAGCAGCAGCGUCUCUUUGCCCGUCCAGCCUUCUACUAUUCGGAUGAUAUUUGCCUGCAUCGCAUGGUCAUGUUGUCAUUUCCGAUGCGUCGCUCGUUGCCCUAUCGCGAACGCUUCGAGGAGCACAUGAUGCACAUGCAGGACUUUGGCAUGUUGGAGUCCUGGAUGGAUCACAGCUUCUUCGACAUGGUCGAGUUGGGUCUCACACCUCUGAAGGACUUCAGUGAACCUGUCACAGAUGAGGAUAUUCUAUAUCUGCGAGAUCUCACCUGGGUGUGGCUCUUCUAUGCCAUCGGGCAUGUGCUUGCAACCAUCUUGUUUGCCGUCGAGUGUUACAGGGGCAGAGAGCGAGGCACCGCGACCCCAAUGACAUAA